AUGUCUGCAGCUGCUCUCGACGCUGCCCCUGCGCAGUCGCCCUCUCCUUCAGACAUCAAGCCCAACGCGCCUUCAGAGCUUGUCGAAUUUCCGCACUACAAAGAGCUUCAGAGGAACCUGCGCAACAACGUGAAGAAGCUGAAUGCGACCUCCAAAGUUGACGCCGUUGUCGCCAGUAACCCGAAUAAGACGCUCGACCAACUGGUUGAGGAAAAGAUCAUCAAUGAAGAUCAAAAGGCUCAGGCGCUGAAGAAGCCUGUUCUUCAGGCUGCUAUCGCGCAGCUGGAGGCGCAGAUUGCUCACUACAAGGAGUUUGCGGCAUUCUUCGAAGGACGUCUGGAGAGCCAGAAGGCAGAGCUCGAGAAGGCGCAGCAGGAGGUGGAGGCUCUCCGGGAGAAGGCUGCUAGCGCGACACCAGCCCCGGUGGAACCAACGCCCGAGGUGAAGAAGGAGGAUGCUACCCAGCAGUUGCUGUGCGUGAGCAAGUUCCUUAGCACUGCUGCCAUUAGGAGGCAUCGCGGCGAGGAUGAGACUACGCCCGAGAGCCGUGCCUUCGAGGGUGUGCUCGCCCAGGUCUAUGGAGGCUCCCUUGAUGCAGUUGCGUCGAUGAACAAGCUCAUUGAUGGUGCUGACGAGCCAGUGGUCAGUGUCGAUGGAGAGACGUUAGAAGUCACCUACGCCCGAGUCAAAGAGUUGUCUGAAGAGGCCACGGCUCCGCAACCCGCUCCUCAGCCAGCUGCAGAAUCUGCCCCUGUGACCGAUCCUACCACCGCCAACGCCGCCUCCACCGAGCUCGAGGACCCGAUCUAUGUCGCCGAAGCUGCUACAAACAACACCGCCGUCUCCGCGAACGAAGCCGAGAACGUCGCUCCGCCUCCCCAAACUCUUGUUGGAGAAGGUGCAAAUGCGGUCGCUGAAUCUGCAUGGGAACCUCACAACGAUCCUCUUGCUUCUUCCACGAACACUGAGGGUUUUGUUGAAAUUCCUCGCGACCCGGCUGAGACAGAGACUGGUCUCCAGGCGACUCCCGCCAACAUCACCGCCGACGUUGCACCCGAGGGCAGCACCGAGCCCGCGAAGACCGAGAACGGUUUUGAGGCAGUCGGCAAGCAUCAGAGGCAGUCUAGCUUUCGAGGCCGAGGCCGCGGUCGUGGCCGCGGAGGUGAUGGCUUCCGUGGUCGUGGCCGUGGCGACUUCCGGGGUCGCGGCCGCGGUCGUGGAAGCGGUGGUCGUGGGCGCGGAGGCGCGAAUGGAGCUCCCACCGCUACUCCGGCUGCUCAGUAA